UGCCGCAGGUCACAGCUCGCCUCGCCAACGCCAAGCCCGCCGCCCUGGCAAAAAGAAGGUCCGUCACCGUCACUUGCGGCGUGCCCGAUCGACUGCCCAGGGUGGGCACUGGGCAGCGGGCAGCGGCAAUCGAUAUGACUGAGGUGACCCGACGCCGACCAGAUUGACUGACUGACUGCGUCUGCGAUCUGUUGAGAGUGAGUGAGCGAACUAGGCCGUGCUUGAGCUGAUACUGCCGUGCCGCUCUAGCUCGCCGGCCGGGAUGGGCGCCGCCGCCGCGGGGCCUGCUGCGGCUCCGCCGGCGACGACGCAUUGCCGCUGCAUCCAGCUACUGCUGCUGGCGCUGGCCGUCGUGCCGCUCGGCAGCCGCGGGCUUCGCGUCCGAGCCGUCGGGGCGGACACGGGAGGGCUGAGCCGGGACGCGUUCCCCAAGGGGUUCAUCUUCGGGACGGCGACGUCCGCGUUCCAGGUCGAGGGCGCGGCCACGUCCGGCGGCCGCGGGCCCUGCAUCUGGGAUCCCUUCGUCCACACCCCCGGAAAGAUUGCUGAAGACGGGAACGCAGAUGUUACAACAGAUGAAUAUCAUCGCUACAAGGAAGAUGUUGAUCUCAUGAAAAGCCUAAAUUUUGAUGCAUACCGGUUUUCAAUCUCCUGGUCCAGGAUCUUCCCAGAUGGCGAAGGGAAAGUUAAUGAAGAAGGAGUGCAGUAUUACAACGAUCUUAUAGACUACAUGAUUAAGCAAGGUCUUACUCCUUACGCCAACCUUAACCACUAUGAUCUUCCACUUGCGCUUCAGAAAAAGUACCAAGGCUGGUUAGGCCCAAAAAUUGUGGAUAUAUUCGCUGACUAUGCCGAUUUUUGUUUCAAGACUUUUGGCGAUCGAGUCAAGAACUGGUUCACAUUAAAUGAGCCAAGGAUAGUAUCAUUCCUUGGUUAUGAUAAAGGGAUUGACCCCCCUAAUCGGUGCACACAAUGCACUGCCGGUGGGAACUCAUCGACAGAACCUUACAUUGUUGUUCAUAACAUCCUCUUAUCUCAUGCUACUGCUGUUGCAAGAUACCGCAAUAAAUACCAGGCAACUCAGAAAGGCAAGGUUGGGAUAGUUCUAGACUUCAACUGGUAUGAACCUCUUACCAACUCAACCGAAGAUCAAGCAGCAGCGCAAAGGGCCAGGGAUUUCCAUAUUGGUUGGUUUCUUGAUCCAUUAAUAAAUGGACAAUAUCCAAAGACAAUGCAGGACAUUGUGAAAGAUCGGCUACCAAGUUUCACACCUGAACAGGCUAAGCUAGUCAAGGGCUCAUCAGACUAUUUCGGGAUCAAUCAAUAUACAACAAACUACAUUUCAAAUCAACAAACUACUCAGCAAGGACCACCAAGCUACUCGUCUGACUGGGGUGUUCAAUAUAACUUUGAAAGAAAUGGCGUGCAGAUUGGACAGCUGGCACACUCAGUCUGGCUUUACAUCGUCCCAACGGGCAUGUAUGGAGUCGUCACCUACCUAAAGGAAAAGUACCAGAAUCCAACCAUCAUCAUAUCGGAAAACGGGAUGGAUCAACCUGGAGACCUGACACGCGAGGAGUACCUUCACGACACGGUUCGGAUCGACUUCUACAAGAACUACCUGACGGAGCUGAAGAAAGGGAUCGACGACGGCGCAAACGUGGUGGGCUACUUCGCGUGGUCCCUCCUGGACAACUUCGAGUGGCUGUCGGGCUACACGUCCAAGUUCGGCAUCGUCUACGUCGACUUCACGACGCUGAAGCGGUACCCCAAGGACUCGGCGUACUGGUUCAGGGACAUGCUCUCAGGGACGGGCUCGAAGGCCGCCGCCGCCCCGCAGACCGGUUCAGGCACCCGUCCGGCUGUCUCGGCUUCGGCCACCUCGAAUGGCGCUGCCCUUCUGGUCUCUCUGUUCGUCUCCUUGUGUGUCCUGCUUCCAUCCGUCUUCAUGGUUUCCUCAGUUUAAUUAGGAGUAUAUUUUUUCUUCUAGUGUGAAAUUUUGUAGUGGAUGGCAGCGUGUUGCUUUUAAGACAUGUUGCAUCAAGGAGGGACCUGUUGUAGGAAUGAGACUAUAUGAUUGAGGGUGGUCUGAUGAUUUUAAGACAUGUUGCAUCAAUGCAGAGCAGCUUUGGAUGUGUAUUUAUGGAUA